AUGAGAUUUUGGCUCUGUAAAGGAAUUUUAGCUAUUCUCCUGUGGUGUGAAUUGUGUUUAUGUGGAUCCUCUGCGCCAGAUGCCCUCGAUGAUAGGCUAAUAGAUGAGACAAAUACGACGGGUGAGGUCAAAGGUGUCACUCUUGGUGGAUGGUUGGUUACGGAACCCUAUAUUACUCCUUCACUCUUCGAAGAUGCACAGACACUAGCGGAUAAUGGUACGAGCCACAAUAAUGACAGCGCAAUUGUGGAUGAAUUUACACUCUGCAAAGUUCUCGGAUAUGAAGAUGCGAAGAAGCUUUUGGAGAAGCACUUUAACAGUUGGAUAACGGAAAACGAUUUUAAACAGAUUCGUGAGGAUGGAUUUAAUUUAGUUAGAUUACCUAUUGGGUACUGGGCGUGGAAACAGAAUCAUACAAAGGGGUAUUACAUCGGAAACGUUACUUACAAGGAUCCGUACGUAAGCGACGGAUUACAGUUAGAAAAAUUGGAACAGGCACUGCAAUGGGCUCAGAAAUAUGGAUUACAAGUUUGGAUCGAUCUGCACGGUGCACCAGGAUCGCAGAAUGGGUUUGAUAAUUCAGGUCAGAGAGAUCUCUAUGCAAAAAAAGUUGGUUGGUUGAAGUUGAACCAUACUGAACAGUUGACAAAAGUAAUCUGGAAUGAAAUGUUUGAGCGAUAUCUGAAUAAAGGUUCGAAUUCCACCGUAGUCGGUAUAGAAAUUAUUAACGAACCGUUGGCUCCUAAAUUGGACCAAGAUGCAAUGAUGAAAUCAUACUACGUAGCGUUUGAUAUGUUUAAAAGAAGGCAAGAUGAUUCUGACAACACCACCUUUGUUAUUCAUGAUGCAUUCUUGCCAUUAGGCUAUUGGGACAAACAAUUUGAUCCCGAUCACAAGGAGGUUAUGGGAAAAUAUUUAAACACAACUCAAACGUUCCACAGAAACCAAAUUUUAGUUGAUCAUCACCAUUACGAAGUUUUCACAGAUGGCCAACUGGCUGAAAGUCAAUGGCAAAGACUUCGUAAUAUUCAAAAUUUUGCACAGUCAAUCGGCCAAGAAUUGUCACAUCAUCCUGCAGUCGUUGGCGAAUGGUCAGCUGCACUAACAGACUGUGCUAGAUGGUUGAACGGUGUUGGUGUUGGUGCUCGCUAUGACGGUGGCUAUUAUAAUACAACAAAGUUCCAUACGGAUGAUAAACCGAUUGGCAAAUGUAUUUCACAACAAUCAGUAGAGGAUUGGCCUAAGGAAUACAAAAAACAAGUGAGGCAAUUUAUAGAAGCUCAAUUGUCUUCCUUUUCUGCCCAUACCAGUGGGUACAUCUUCUGGAAUUACAAGACCGAAGGUGCUAUUGAAUGGGAUUAUUUAGCAUUAAAAAAGCAUGGACUUUUCCCGCAGCCUUUAGACAACUACAAAUAUUUUGAAAAGAACGGAUCUAUGAGACCAUCAGUCUCCAAAUCGUUAUCACGGCAAGCUACGUCUACGUCCCAGAGUAAUAGAAAUGCGGGCGUUUCAGAUCAUAUAAACCGCGGACACCAAGAUAACUAUUUGUGGUUGUUACUAGGGCUUCUGAUAACCUUGUGUAUCAUUUUUUAA